GUUGACCGGAGACGCUGUCGAAGAAUGAGAACCCUCUGUGUUCUUUCGUUCGUCGAUGGUGGUGUGGACGAGAGCCAAAACACCACCUCAAUGUGGCCAUAUAUAUACCGUAUACGUCGGAGAUGUUGCCGGUCUCAGCACUCAACAUGUCCAUGUCCAUCUUCCCGACCGAGCUGUACGAAUGUAUCAUCGACUACGUUGGGCAAGCCGAGGACGCAGUUACACUGCGUGUGUGCGCUCUCGUAUCGCAAUCGUGGUACCCUCGCGCCAGACUGCACCUUGUCCGGUCGGUGGUCUUAUGCACUCGCAAGGAGGUCCUCGGCUUCGCGCAGAUGGUCCGCCACGGCCGUGGGCCGAUGGGUUUGGUGGAUGUUGGGAACAUGGUUCACAAGGUGAUACUACGUGGAGUGGAGAUCAAGGCGGGAGAUGAGACAAAGGCGAUUGGUGCGGACACUACGGAGAGCGCUUCGCAGACGUCGAGGAGAUCCAUGUCGUUAGUAUGAGCAUUGGCAAAUCAUGAGGAUAUAUUCACAUCACA